AUGACUUUAGGUUUCCAUAUUGAGGAGCCAGAGAACAGCAGCUCCGGCCUCCCUGGUAUCUCGUACGCCCCCUACCGUCGCGAUCAUCAGUGCAAGACCAAGGAUCAGGUCAAGAAUGAUCUCGACCGCCUUGGAGGCUCUUACUCGCUUAUCCGUAUCUACGGCACCGACUGUGACCAGGUGCCCAUCGUCUACUCUUGCGCCAAGGAGAACAACAUGAAGGUGUUCCUCGGCAUCUGGGAUCUCGACUCUGUUCAGGAGGAGGCCCAGAAGAUUAUUGAUGGCGUCGACGGCGACUGGUCCAUAGUUAGCACCAUCAGCGUCGGAAACGAGCUCGUCAACAAGGGCGAGGCUAGCCCUGAGAAGGUCCUCGGCGCCGUUAAGCAGGCCCGACAGAUCCUCCGUGCCGCCGGAUACGAAGGCCCUGUUGUCACUGUCGAUACUUUUGUUGCUGCCGGUGCGAACCCCGAGCUCUGCGCUGAGAGUGACUACUGCGCUAUCAACGCCCACGCCUUCUUCGACUCUACCAUCUCCGCUGGCGAGGCCGGUGUCUGGCUCUCCAAGACCAUCGACGACCUCAAGGCCAAGCUGCCCAAGGACCAGAGAAUUGUCGUCUGCGAGAGUGGCUGGCCCGUCAAGGGUAAGGCCAACGGACUCGCUGUCCCAGGUCUGGCCGAGCAGAAGCUGGCCAUCAAGGCCAUAGAAGAGGCCUUUGCCGACCACAUGGAGGACCUCAUUCUCUUCUCCGCCUUCAACGACCCCUGGAAGAAGGAGGAGGCUUGGUCCUUCAACGCUGAGCCAUACUGGGGCAUUGACGGCGCUGUUUCGUCGUCCGACUAGUUGAGGUUCCGAUGAUGUUUUUUGUCCGUUGACACGAUUUCUUAACACUCACGUCUUUAUCCUUUUUACUUUUCUUAUGCUCUUUUUGGAUGUUGCUCAUCUUGUACGAUUGUGGAUGACUUUGGGCACCCUCCGUCGUAUGGCGGGACUGUACGCGCCUGUUAUGUCGCCAGGGGAUGGGAAUGGACAUUGGACGUUCAGCCACAGCAGAAACGAAAAAGAAGGAGACGUUUACAGUAGCGAGACACUCGAAAAUUAGUGGUUGGGUAUGGGCUUGGACUGUUGACGGCCUGUUCCUAUCCCCUUUGGCUGUUGUUGUCUUCGAAGGGUUCGAAAAGAAUAUCGUUUUGUAUUAUACUUGAAUGAAUUGAAUGGAUCAGAAUUAUGCA